GAGGAAUAGGGUUUCAUCUGAAAUCAGGUCUGGAAAGGAAACGAAAAUGGUGAAGUUCAUGUUGAUGAUAACUGCUAAGCUCGAAAAUCUCACCAAUCUUCAGCCAUUAGGUGGUUGCGAUGAUCCAAGCUUCCCUUACUACUUCAAGAUGAAAUGCUAUGAAUGUGGAGAGCUUAGUGAGAAGGAAACGUGUGUGAGCUUGGAUGUAACUGUUCCUACCCCCAAUCUCAGGGGCACCACUAAUCUGGUUCAGAAGUGCAAGCUAUGUGGGAGGGUAGGAACUGUGCAGCUGAUCCCUGGCCGUGGUCGCCCGCUGACCAACGUAACUAGUCUAUUUGAAGAAUACACCUCGUUGAUGCUAUUUGAUUGCAAUGGCCUUGAGCCAGUGGGAUUUGUUUUUGGAAAUGGAUGGAAAGCGGAAUCAACAGAUGGAACUAAAUUCUACUGUAUUGACUUGUCACGAGGGGAGUAUUCAAACUAUGAUGACGAUGGACAGUUCCCAGUUAAGAAGGUUCUCAAUCCCCGAGCUAAUUUUGUUGUGGUGAACUAG